UCAAAUGAUUUUGCUCAAACCCUCCCAAACACACUGAGGUUUCUAUCUAUUGUCUUAAGCCCUGAAUUCUGUGAAGAGAAAGCCAAGCCGAGCCGAGAGAAGGCGUAGUCUGCAAAUUUCAGCUGCAUUCCCGCUCUCAGCUGCUCCACUCUUGAGCUCUGUUCCAUCCAGCUGAAACAAGCAGCCGAGGAUCGGAUCUAGGAUUUUAUCUGAAUAAAUCAGAAUGGCGAUUAAUGUACAGGCACCAGAUAUUUCCGGCGAACGCCAAUCUGGACAGGAUGUUCGCACUCAAAACGUGGUGGCGUGCCAGGCGGUUGCAAACAUUGUCAAAUCUUCGCUUGGUCCUGUUGGCCUCGAUAAGAUGCUUGUGGAUGAUAUUGGUGAUGUGACGAUUACUAAUGAUGGUGCCACAAUACUGAAGAUGUUGGAAGUGGAACACCCAGCAGCCAAGGUUCUUGUUGAGUUGGCCGAACUUCAGGACCGAGAAGUUGGAGAUGGAACAACUUCUGUGGUCAUUAUAGCUGCAGAAUUGCUUAAGAGAGCUAAUGAUUUAGUGAGAAAUAAGAUACAUCCAACAUCAAUAAUCAGCGGAUACAGACUUGCAAUGAGGGAAGCAUGUAAAUAUGUUGAUGAAAAACUUGCUGUGAAGGUCGAAAAGCUUGGUAAAGAUUCUCUUAUAAACUGCGCCAAGACCAGCAUGUCCUCGAAGUUGAUAGGUGGUGAUAGCGACUUCUUUGCAAAUCUUGUUGUGGAAGCUGUACAAGCAGUAAAGAUGACCAAUGCAAGAGGUGAAGUUAAAUAUCCAAUCAAGGGAAUCAACAUACUUAAAGCGCACGGGAAAAGUGCCAGAGAUAGCUAUUUACUUAAAGGAUAUGCUCUCAACACAGGCCGUGCUGCACAGGGGAUGCCAUUGAGGGUUGCACCAGCAAGAAUUGCUUGUCUUGAUUUUAAUCUUCAAAAGACAAAGAUGCAAAUGGGAGUCCAAGUUUUGGUUACUGACCCCAGGGAGUUGGAAAGGAUUCGUCAAAGAGAAGCUGACAUGACAAAAGAACGUAUUGAAAAACUUCUUAAGGCCGGGGCAAAUGUUGUUUUAACCACAAAAGGAAUUGAUGACAUGGCACUCAAGUACUUUGUGGAGGCUGGUGCCAUAGCUGUGAGACGUGUCCGCAAGGAAGAUCUGCGCCAUGUUGCCAAGGCGACUGGUGCAACUGCGGUUUCCACAUUUGCAGAUAUGGAAGGGGAAGAAACAUUUGAUUCAUCACUUCUAGGAUAUGCUGAUGAAGUAGUGGAGGAACGCAUUGCUGAUGAUGAUGUGAUUAUGAUUAAAGGGACCAAAACCACAAGUGCGGUUUCAUUAAUACUUCGAGGUGCCAAUGACUUCAUGCUUGAUGAGAUGGAUAGGGCUUUGCAUGAUGCUCUAUGCAUUGUCAAAAGGACUCUGGAAUCUAAUAACGUCGUUGCUGGCGGAGGUGCAGUAGAGGCUGCACUAUCUGUAUAUCUGGAGAAUUUGGCAAUAACUUUGGGAUCCAGGGAACAGCUGGCUAUUGCUGAGUUUGCUGAAGCUUUACUAAUCAUACCAAAGGUGCUUGCGGUAAAUGCUGCUAAAGAUGCUACUGAGUUAGUUGCUAAAUUACGAGCUUACCACCACACUGCACAAACUAAGGCAGAUAAAAAGCAUUUGUCAAGCAUGGGUCUAGACCUGAUGAAAGGUAUUGUUCGGAACAACUUGGAAGCAGGAGUAAUCGAGCCCGCAAUGAGCAAAGUAAAGAUAAUUCAGUUUGCUACCGAGGCAGCUAUUACUAUUCUUCGGAUCGAUGACAUGAUCAAGCUGGUUAAAGAUGAAAACCAGAAUGAUGAGGAUUAAAAUUUUCGGUGGUUAUUUUUUUGGCAACAUUCUGUUUUUAUGAAUGCAAUAGGAUGGUGGCGAGUUUGUUGCAUCAUGAUUUCCCCCCUCUAUUUUUGGGGGUGGGGUGCGGGUUUAGGGUUCAUUUUUGGCUGUGCAUUGUUAGUUGAGAAACUGCCAACUGCGUUGGAGGAGGUUCAUUUUCUGAAAUUCACAUUUACACAAAUUUUAUGGUAAUCCAAAACAUUUGACGGUUGGUGCA